AAGCGACCCCGCAGACCCAGGUUGCAGGUGAGGUACCAGGCAGAACCAACGUGUUACUCCGCUGGCUCCCGGCAAGUCUCUGGCAGGGCGGGGGGCGUGGCUCCAGAGUGGGCGGGCCCGCGCACGCGCCGCGUCUGGGCGGCGGGCGUUCCGGAAAUGUGACCGAGAGGUGAGAUGGAGAAGUACGAGCGGAUCCGAGUGGUGGGAAGAGGUGCCUUCGGGAUUGUGCACCUGUGCCUGCGCAAGGCGGACCAGAAGCUGGUGAUCAUCAAGCAGAUCCCGGUGGAGCAGAUGACCAAGGAAGAGCGGCAGGCAGCCCAAAAUGAGUGUCAGGUCCUUAAGCUGCUCAACCAUCCCAAUGUCAUUGAGUACUAUGAGAACUUCCUGGAGGACAAGGCCCUCAUGAUUGCCAUGGAAUAUGCACCAGGCGGCACCCUGGCUGAGUUCAUCCAGAAGCGCUGUAAUUCCCUGCUGGAGGAGGAGACCAUCCUGCACUUCUUUGUGCAGAUCCUGCUGGCACUGCAUCACGUGCACACCCAUCUCAUCCUGCACCGCGACCUCAAGACCCAAAACAUCCUUCUUGACAAGCAUCGCAUGGUCGUCAAGAUUGGUGACUUCGGCAUCUCCAAGAUCCUCAGCAGCAAGAGCAAGGCCUACACGGUGGUGGGUACGCCGUGCUACAUCUCCCCCGAACUGUGUGAGGGCAAGCCCUACAACCAGAAGAGCGACAUCUGGGCCCUGGGCUGCGUCCUCUAUGAGCUGGCCAGCCUCAAGAGGGCCUUUGAGGCUGCGAACCUGCCAGCGCUGGUGCUGAAGAUCAUGAGCGGCACCUUUGCGCCCAUCUCUGACCGGUACAGCCCUGAGCUGCGCCAGCUGGUCCUGAGUCUGCUCAGCCUGGAGCCGGCACAGCGGCCACCGCUUGGCCACAUCAUGGCGCAGCCCCUCUGCAUGCGUGCCCUCCUCAACCUCCACACCGACUUGGGCAGCGUCCGAAUGCGGAGGGCGGAGAAGUCCCUGGCCUCUGGGCCACCCAUAGCCCCAGGCAGCACAGGGGGCAGGACCACCAGUGCCCGCUGCAGGGGCGUCCCCCGGGGACCUGCACGGCCAGCCAUUCCACCACCUCUGUCAUCUGUGUACACAUGGGGCGGGGGGCUCAGUGCUCCCCUGCGGCUGCCGAUGCUCAACACAGAGGUGGUUCAGGUGGCCACCGGGCGCACGCAGAAGGCUGGUGUCACACGCUCUGGGCGCCUCAUCCUGUGGGAGGCCCCACCCCUAGGCGGCGGAGGGGGCGCCCUCCUUCCCGGGGCAGUGGAGCAGCAGCAGCCCCAGUUCGUCUCCCGUUUCCUGGAGGGCCAGUCAGGUGUGACCAUCAAGCAUGUGGCCUGCGGGGACCUCUUCACAGCUUGCCUGACUGACCGAGGCAUCAUCAUGACCUUUGGCAGCGGCAGCAAUGGGUGCCUAGGCCACGGCAGCCUCAACGACAUCAGCCAGCCCACCAUUGUGGAGGCCCUGCUCGGUUAUGAGAUGGUGCAGGUGGCCUGUGGGGCCUCUCACGUGCUGGCCCUGUCCACUGAGCGGGAACUGUUUGCCUGGGGCCGCGGAGAUGGCGGCCGGCUGGGACUAGGCACCAGGGAGUCCUACAACUGCCCCCAGCAGGUGCCCAUGCCCCCAGGACAGGAAGCCCAGCGGGUUGUAUGUGGCAUUGACUCCUCCAUGAUCCUCACUGUGCCUGGCCGCGUCCUGGCCUGCGGGAGCAACAGGUUCAACAAGUUGGGCCUGGACCACCUCUCCCUGGGGGAGGAGCCUGCCCCCCACCAGCAAGUGGAGGAGGUGCUGAGCUUCACACCACUGUGUUCUGCACCCCUGGACCAGGAGACCCUGCUGAGUGUGGACCUAGGUACUGCUCAUUCAGCUGCUGUGACGGCCUCUGGUGACUGCUAUACGUUCGGCAGCAAUCAGCACGGUCAAUUGGGUACCAAUGCUCGCCGAGUCAGCCGGGCACCUUGUCAAGUGCAAGGCCUCCAGGGCAUCAAGAUAGCAAUGGUGGCCUGUGGGGAUGCCUUCACUGUAGCCAUUGGGGCAGAAGGUGAGGUAUACUCUUGGGGCAAAGGGGCCCGAGGUCGACUUGGAAGGAGGGACGAGGAUGCUGCACUCCCUCGUCCAGUGCAGCUAGAUGAGACACAUCCCUACACAGUGACUUCUGUAUCCUGUUGCCAUGGAAACACUCUCCUGGCUGUCCGCCCCGUCACAGAUGAGCCAGUCCCCCCGUGAGGUACCUGGAUACACCUCUGGACCACCCUGAUGUUGCUUCUCUGAAUGUUCUUGAAAAGCACAGGUGCCUGAAGCAUGACUGUCUCCAUCCGUGCCCCUGGAUUGUGUCUCACGGGGUAUAAGAACUGAUGAAGCAAGCCCCUGUGCUGCUUUUGGCCCUGGAUAUGUAAAACUCAGCCCACCCUAUUCCCCUAACACUUCUCCUUUUCCUCCCACCCCUUCUUCUCUUAAGUCAAUGCCCUCAGGGUCCAGCUUGCCUUGAGUUGGAAGCCAGCUCUAACCCUUGGAAGCAGGGUGGUCUUCAGAGGCUUGACAGAAAAAGGCUGGAGGUGGUUGUGGCUCCACCCAGACACUGCUCCUCCUCCAGCCUGGUUAGAAAAUGCAUCCCUGGUGCCCUCCGGGACAGCAGCUCAGUGCUUUGGAGCAGGUCAAGGUGGAGCCUGCCUGGAGGGUCAUUCCAGUGGUCAUUCCAGCGGCCUAGCCUGUGCACUGCCUGGGGCAGGGAGGUCUAGGGGAGCUGCUCUCUCCCCCCCACCCCCACCCCCCCCGCCAUUCCUCCAAAACAGGUUGGGGGAAAGGGUAACUGGCUGGACCAGACCAGUUUCCAGAUGACUGGAAGUAGUGCCAAUAAAAACAUCA